AUGGCUAAUCAUCAAGCGUACUUGGACUGGAUGUAUUUGUGGAUUCUCUCAUGCUAUGCCGGUCAUUCGAGGGGGAUCACCAUCCUGCUGAAAGCAAGUUUGAAGAAUAUACCGGUGAUUGGGUGGGGAAUGCUUGGACAUCAAGCACAAUCCGGAGAAGAGGAUCAUUCGGAAACUUCAGGUUUACUUGCGCCAAAGAAGCGUUCUCCUCUCUGGUUGCUCAUAUUCCCGGAGGGAACGAUUGUCAGUGACGAAGAAAGAGUGAAGAGUGUGAAAUAUGCUGAACGGGAGGGAAUCCUACUAGAUGUGACGAUAGGCUACCCGGGUGUACCAUAUGGGAAAUACCCUCAAGAUUGGUGA